AUGACAUCUGCCAGCUCCUUUAGGCCUCUGAGAUAUAAUCCAUCAGUUCACAGUGAUUUGUGUUUGUCAAGAUCAGACAGAUUUUCUUCCCAUAGCUUCAUCUUGCUCUUUUUCAACUACUUCUCUGAAAAAAAUCAAGAUGUACUAAAAGAGAUGGACCUUAAGCUCCAUUCAUUACUGCAGAGAAUUUCCUUCAACAACAAUGCUGGAGAUGAAAUUAAAUUAAAUGAAGAUGGAGCACUGGAAGCUGGAUUUGACAUUGUAAAUUUGGUUAUUUUUCCAAACAAUUCCUAUAUCAACAUCCCAGUUGGUGAAAUAGAUCCACAAGGAAAAAACUUCCAUAUUCAUCAAGACAAAAUCCAGUGGCAUCAUGGAUUCACUCAGAUCCCACCUCCCUCCUUAUGUAAUGAGCCAUGUCCUCUUGGAAAAAGAAAGCACAAGAUGGAAGGGCGGAAAUUUUGCUGCUAUGCUUGUGCUCCAUGUCCAGAAAAGAUGAUAUCCAGAAAAAUGGACAUGGAGAAUUGUGACAGUUGUCCAAAGGAUCAAUUUCCAAAUCAAGCUCAUGAUGAGUGCAUUCCAAAGACAUUGCAUUUCCUCUCCUUUGAAGAGCCACUGGGCAUUACUCUGGUGUCUCUGUCUCUUCUUUUUUCCCUACUUACAGCUUUGGUGUUCAUAAUUUUUAUUAAGCAACGGGACACUCCCAUUGUCAAAGCCAACAAUCGCAACCUCACCUAUGUUCUACUUAUCUCCCUCUUUCUCUGUUUCCUCUGCUCAUUUCUGUUCAUUGGAAAGCCCAAUAGGAUGACCUGCCUCCUCCGACAAACCAAUUUUGGCAUCAUCUUCUCUAUUGCGAUCUCUUCUAUAUUGGCCAAAACCAUCACAGUCAUCGUAGCAUUCCUAGCAUCAAAGCCAGGGAGCCUAUUCCACAAAUGGGUGGGGCAAAAGUUGGCCUAUUCUAUUAUCUGGUUCUGUUCCUUCAUUCAAGUAACUAUUUGUGCCAUCUGGCUGAGUAAAUCUCCCCCAUUUCCACAUUUAGACAUGGAGACACUCUAUGGAGAAAUGAUAGUCGAAUGUCAUGAAGGCUCCAUCACCUUGUUUUACUGUGUCCUGAGCUACCUGGGCCUCUUGGCUCUUCUCAGCUUCACUGUGGCCUUCCUAGCCAGGAAGUUGCCAGACAGUUUUAAUGAAGCCAAGUUCAUCACCUUCAGCAUGUUGGUUUUCUGCAAUGUUUGGCUGACCUUUGUCCCCACCUACCUGAGCACCAAAGGGAAGUACGUGGUGGCUGUGGAGAUCUUCUCUAUCCUGUCUUCCAGUGCUGGUUUACUGGGAUGCAUCUUCACCCCCAAAAUCUAUAUAAUUAUACUGAGACCUGACCUCAACACUAGAGAGCAAUUAACACAUAAGAAAUAGAAAAAGGGAACAAGAUUCAAUUUUGAAUA